AUGCUGUCUUUCCUGAAUCCAUUACCGAGAUUGCCGGAAUAUACUGGCCCAGAGAAGGUCGGGACUGCAGAAUAUGAGUUAUCACUAUCGUCACUAGGUUUCGAGUGUAUUCCAGAGCAACUUCCAGCAUCAACGAUCAAAUUUCGAAUUUUCUAUCCUGCCAGGCUCAGCGCCGAUGCCGCCUUUGGUGUGCCAUGGCUUCCACAGCCUCAAACAGCACAUCUCGGUGCAUAUCUUCGCAUGGCUCGACUAGAGCCAUGGCUUUCAAAGAUAUUGCUGUCGGUUCCUUUCUAUUUGCGAUCAACCAUGAUGCCAGCAUACAAGAACGCUGCGCUACAAUGCGAGGACGGCCCGUUGCCGGUACUGAUAUUCUCGCACGGGCUGGUAGGUGGUAUGAAUAGCCAUAGUGCUCUUCUUGGGGAGCUUGCUUCUCGAGGUAUCUUUUGUGUUGCUAUCGAUCAUCGUGAUGGAAGUGGCGUUCUGUCACUGGCGCGUCGUGAAGGCUCGAAGGUGCCUAAUGAACAACCAACCGAAAUAACUUCGGUUUACUUCAAGAACGUGUCGCUGAAGAUCAGACCUGGCGUCUGGGAAGCGCGGGACAGGCAGUUUGAAAUUCGACUUUUUGAGCUUAUGGCAACAUAUAAAGCUCUGGGACUUCUUAAUGAAGGGAAACAUAUAGCAAACCUCGCCGACGACCCAGGUAAUAUGAAUGUCAUUCCCAGUUCAUCACUGAAUCUCAAUCCGGGUGAGGUCAUUUGGGCUGGACACUCUUUUGGAGGAGCUACUAUGGUUCAAUUUAUCAAGACGAUCUACCACGAGAGCAGAUUACAAGGGGUCAAACAGGAGAGCGAUGCUGCCUUCCCUGAACAUUCGCUUUUGUUGCAGCCAGCACCGCGAAGCCUUGUGGAACAAAUCAAGGCAACCUCACCAGUGAUUCUUCUUGAUCCCUGGUUCAUGCCGCUGCGGUCACCGAGGACAAAGUGGCUGAACCUCGAAGCCCCUUCCAUGCCACGACGGAACAUCAGAUCAGGCAUAUGGACAGAUGUCGACUACGAUCGCUGUGCUCUCAUCAGAAUGUGCGUGGCACUGGCCGCAAGUGCAUUCACAUAUGCCUCAGGUCCUCGCGGCAGAGCCACAGACAAUCAAGACAGAGACGGAAGCAGAAACUCUCACCUUGUUCGAGAAUUUCAUCUCGCCACGACACUUCAUGAACGAGUCGAAAAGGCAGAAUGGGAGCUCCGUGAGGACAGAAAAGGACGCAAAAAAUAG